AUAUAUAUAUAUUAUCAUCUAUCAUAAAUGUAGAGUGGAUGUCUAUAUCAUCUCUCAUCUCCUCCCAAGCUAGUUUGUUAGGUAGUAAUCAUAAUUUUGUAAGUACGACAUUAUUAAUCUUUCAAUAGUAACAAAAACUACUUGUAUAAUCAAAUUAGAGCCUUGUUUGGUCCUUCCUGAGAUCAUCUGGUUCAUGGCAACGGUACUAGUAGCUAGACAAGGCCGUCAUCGGCAGCUUUACAUCGACAAUCGUCGCCUUGUUUCCGGGUGUAUUCCAUAUAGAUUGAAAGAGGAAUGCAAGGAUUGUAACCGUAGCUUAGAACACUGUAUACAAGUUCUUAUGAUAACUUCACCGAAACGCCAUGAUCUCGUCUUUCCUAAGGGAGGAUGGGAAAAUGAUGAGACUGUUCAUGAAGCUGCACGACGCGAAGCUUACGAAGAAGCUGGAGUUAUCGGAGAGCUUGAUCCAACAGAAUUAGGUGUUUGGGAAUUCAGAAGCAAAAGCAGGCAGGCUAUUAGCAGCCUUGAAGGCGGAUGCAGGGGAUACAUGUAUGCUCUCAAGGUAACCGAGGAACUCGAUACUUGGCCGGAACAAGAAAACCAUGAUCGAAAAUGGUUGAGCAUACGAGAAGCAUUUGACCUCUGCCGCUAUGAUUGGAUGAGGGACGCUCUAAAAGCAUUUCUGAAACACUUGAAAAGCAUAACACCACAGAAUCAACUCCAACUAGAUAGGGACUUACCUGUUAAUACAAGCAAGGGAGAAUCGAAAAUCAGCGUUUCUCCAAGUAUAAUCUCGGAAUGUCAAGUUGUGAAGUGGAAUCCUACAAACCACCCUCAAUUAGGGUUUCAUGACCCAUCUUUCAGUAAAUCCUUUGUAACUGGUUCCUUGAAGAUGGGGGAAAUCACAAUAACUGUACAAAUCAAGGAGUUAGUUUAGAUUUUGUAGGAAAAAAUAAAAUUAAAAAAAAAAAAGUUCUUAGUUCUGUCACAUAAGGUCAACUUUGUACUUGCAUAGUUAGCAUUCCUCUUAGAAUCGAAUCGCAAGCCCGAUGAUACAUUUUAUAUGCUUCUUUAGCAUCCUUGACGUGGAUUGUUGACAAUUAUUUUCAUCGAUUGCAAUCCAUCAUGCCUUCAUCUUUCAAACAGAUUCAAAAUGCACAAGAAUUAUGAUGUAAAAGAUAAGGGGAAUGAUUUGGAUACAUACAGUCAUUAUGUAUGCCAUGGUCUGUAAUUCACUUGAACAUUGUAAAAGGAAAAUAAAAUGUCAAUAAAUUAUGCCUAUCAAAAUUUGGAUCCGAA